CGUCAAACUCUAGGUAGAGUUGAUCGCCCUUCUGCCUGUUCAUCCUACAAUACCUCAAAUAACAAUGAUAUGGAGUCCCAAAACCGACCUCCCCGAGCUAUCAUUAUGCGACCACUAAAAAGGUUUGCUUCCUAUAUCUGGAGAGGGCUAGUUGCGGCUUCAUACCCUCUUCAAGGCAUCUACUACUUCUUACGUCAUCCGGCAUACUAUCCUCUAUUCCUCAGUCGACUACUUCCUCUCUCAAUCAUUUCAUUCCUGGUCUAUACCAUCCUCUUCGCGUUUGCGUUUCUGCCUCAGUAUGCAUUCUUAGCCAUUUUCCACGGUUGGAGUGCGUGGAUCAACGCUGUGGUGUUGGUGCUAGGCGAGGGUCUAGUCAUUAUUCAGGGCUUGUUCGAAGGUUUCUUCGUCGAUGAAUGUCGCGUAGAUGUGUUUGAUGCAACCCUUCUCGACCAAGGUCUCGAAAGCCUCGUUGCGCCGCAUCGACUACUAUUCCCGGAUGCACCCAACUCCGUCAAGAAAUUGGGCAAACCAACAAGCUCUGCCGUAUACCAGCCGUGGAGUCUGAUCCAGAUCGUCGAGCUAAUCGCGUUCCUACCCCUCAAUCUCAUCCCAAAGGUUGGUACCCCGGCCUUCAUUAUAAUCACGGGCGCCCGAUUAGGAACAUUUGCGCAUUACAGGUGGUUUGAACUGAGGGGCUUGACGAAGAAAGAGCAAAAGCAGGAGAUUAGGAGUAGAAGGUGGGAGUACACAUGCUUCGGCACCAUAGCGAUGAUACUCCAGCUCAUACCCAUUCUAUCUUUCUUCUUCCUCCUUACUUCGGCGGCGGGAGCUGCGCUCUGGGCAGCGAAGCUCGAACAGCAGGCGAGAGGACAACCUACCCCCGCCCCUACUACUGCUUCUGCUUCUGCUUCUGCUGUACCGCUGAGAGACUCACAGGAGUAUGAUCCUGAUGAGCCUCCUCCACCCUAUGUAGAUAACCCUGUAUGAUUAUGUGCGACUUGUGUACAUAGACUACCUAAUGAUGAAUUUAUGAUGAAUUAUGAACUUAAA